ACAAUGAUUAAUAAUUGAAGUUGAAAACAAACCAUUUAAGUCCUCAAGUUACUUAAAUGUCUAUCAUUGAAAUUAUUUAGGCGUGGAACAGUUGGUAUUUUCUUUGCUACAUUCUUUCAAAUAAAAAUUACGUCAACUUUUCGAAACGUGAGCAACAUGAAACUGCUGUUUGAUCAGACUUGUGCAAAUUAUACCGAAAGCUGUUUUACAAAUGGACCAAAGUUCAUUUAACCAUUAAGUUUACAAUGGUUCAAUAUGACAAAUUUUACGUUGCUUCUAAAUUCUUAUUUUGUUUGCUGUCCAAAUAAAAACAUUGACCUUACUGUCAUAAUUUAAUGUGAUGAAACUGAAACUAUUAUUUUAAUACUGGAUCAUCCGUUUUAUGCGAAAACAACGAAACAGCUGCGUUAUUUAUUUCGUUAUUUGGGAACUGCAAAAUGGGUUGCCUGGGCUCCUGUAAAAGCAAGCUUAAAAAGCUAAAGCUUCUCCUUUGGAAAAACUCUCUCAUCGAAAGACGAAGACCUCUGGUAAUCUUGUUGGAGUUCAUUCUGCCGGUGAUCAUUCCUUCAAUUCUGGUGAUUGUCCGAUCAUCAAUAUCUGUGACUGACUACCCUGACAGCACCGAGUAUGAAGAGUUCCCCCUAUCAUUGGCUGCUUUUGUUCCAUGGUUCAUAGGUUCGGUUUCUUCUCCGUUCCCGCCAACUGACGGCAAUGGUUCCAACUUCAAUUGCGACGCAUUUCUUGCGCAAUUCAAUCUAUCUAGCGCUAAAAUUGCUUAUGUCCCCGGAAACGAUGAUCUUGCAACAACUUAUGCUAAGGGUGUCGUGGAAAGCUUGCCCUGUAUUCUUGAUGGUAUAAUACCUUACGACGACGAAACAACUAUGGAAAACGAUUUGUCUUUCAACGACACUUCUAUGGACGGAAUUCUAUGUGCAAUUGUUUUUGACAAGUUGCAAAACUCCUCGACAAGUUACAAAAUUAGGUUCCCUUUCUCUCUAAGGUUGAACUCUGGGCUAGAAGACUGGGAAACGAAUAUUCUUUACCCGCAACAGACCCCAAACGGUCCUAGGAACCCUUUUGGCGCUGGAGCGACAAAAAAUAUUUCGAAUUACUCUGAAUCAGCGAACAACAGUCCGUUCAAAUUUUUAACCUCGGAAGACUUUCGUGACUCUGAAAUGUAUUUAGACAGGUCUGUGCGUGAUUUGAGUCAAGGCUUCUCUGUUCCGGAAGUGAUCAAUUUGAAUUCUUUCGGUGGCUGGCCCAGCUACUUUCUGGAAGGUUUUUUGCCAGUUCAAGCAGCGCUGGAUCUUUCAAUCAUGACUCAUUGGGGAGUUAAAGACGCAGAGAAAAUAGAGAUCUUCUCGCGACGCUUCCCUUUUCCUCCAUACAUUAGUGACAACUUUGUUACCAUCCUCGAAAGUUUUCUACCUCAGCUUUUUCUCUUAUGUUUUGUCUUCAUGACGUUCAAUAUUGUGAAAAGUCUGGUAGUCGAGAAGGAAAAAAGGCUGAAGGAGUCGAUGAAGAUCAUGGGUCUGGAGAACUACUUACACUGGACUGCGUGGUGUGUCCACUUCUCCCUCUUCACUCUGGCUGUGGUCUGUCUCACUGUCAUCUUCCUCUGUGCCAAAAUGAGCGAGUACAAGGUGCUGCCCUAUUCGGACUGGUCGGUGGUGUUUGUGUUUGUGCUGCUCUACGGUCUCUCCUCCAUGAUGUUCUGUUUCUUCCUCUCCACCUGCUUCUCUAAGGCCAACUCGGCAGCUGUAGUCGCCACCCUCCUCUGGUUCCUCUCUUUCCUACCAUGGCUCCUCAUAUCAACCAGCUAUGAGUCACUGUCGGUGGGGUCGAAGAUCGUGAGUUGUCUGUUGUGUAAUACUGCAAUGGGAAUAGGCUCCUUCAUCAUCGGUCAAUUUGAGGCCAGUGGUGUGGGUGCCCAGUGGAGCGUGUUGCAUCAGCCGGUCAACAGCGAUGAUAACAUAUCACUGCUAAGCAUUCUUUUGAUGCUGAUGUUCGACAUAGUGCUCUAUGGGCUGUUAGCGUGGUACGUUGAGGCAGUGUUUCCUGGUGAGUUCGGCUAUCCCCAGAAAUUCUACUUUCCCUUCCAGAAGUCCUACUGGUUUGGGUCAGCUGACGAGCAGAAUAAAGAGACGACGGAGGCUGAACGGGACUGCUCGGAGGCCUACAUUGAGGAUGAGCCAAAAGGAACUGAGAAGGGAAUUGAAAUUGUCGGCUUGAGGAAAGUGUUCGGCGAGAAAGUUGCUGUGAACAAUCUCCACCUGAACUUGUACGAUGACCAGAUUACUGUGCUUUUGGGCCACAAUGGGGCAGGAAAGAGUACCACCAUGUCCAUGCUCACCGGUCUCUUCCCCCCUACCAGUGGAAAUGCAACAGUCAACGGCUUCACACUCAAAGGCCAGCUGGGAAGGGUGAGGGAAAGUCUUGGCCUGUGCCCUCAACAUGACGUCUUAUUUGACAAUCUAACAGUGGAAGAACAUCUAGAGUUCUUUGGGGCCCUGAAAGGAGCGACUCCCAGCGAACUCAAGUUCCAGAUACCAGACCUACUUGAACAGCUCCAGUUGGACAACAAGAGAACAGCCAAGUCCAAAACACUCUCAGGAGGCAUGAAGCGUAAACUGUCAGUGGCUAUUGCUUUGAUUGGGAACUCGAAGAUAGUGGUAUUGGAUGAGCCCACCUCAGGUAUGGACCCGGCUGCACGGAGACUCACAUGGGACGUCCUACUCAACAACAAGGCGGACCGUACAAUAAUGUUGACCACUCACUUCAUGGAUGAGGCAGAUGUGUUGGGGGACAGGAUAGCCAUCAUGGCCGAAGGGAGACUGCAGUGUGUCGGCAGCUCCAUGUUCCUCAAGAGGAAGUACGGAGUUGGAUACCAACUCAGCAUCGUCAAGAGUGAAGGCUGUGACGUGGAGAAAAUCAAGAAGCAAGUUCAGAUUCAUGUUCCGUCUGCCUCAGUGGAGCGCAACAUCGGCAGCGAACUCAUGAUCAAUUUGCCCUCCAAAGCAGUCGAUAAGUUCCAUCCUCUUUUUGAACUUAUGGAAAACGAACGGGAGUCACUGGGACUCGAAUCGUACGGAGUCUCCGUCACGACCAUUGAGGAAGUGUUUCUACGAGUCGGCAAACUUUACGACGACGAGACGACUCCGGAUGCCGAUGGAAGACACUACUCCAUUUCAGGAGGGCCUCACGAGUCAAAUGAUGACUCGUUUUCACUAGACACGACAACUGUUAAUUUCCAGUAUAAUGACUCAGCUGUGAAACAGACGUCGAGUCUUAAGCUUAUCUGUCAGCAAUUCCAAGCGACCUUUGUGAAACGUGUUAUUCACUCGUGGAGAAACAAAAAAUUGGCAAUUGCACAAAUUCUGAUCCCAGCUUUUUGUGUGAGUGUUGCUCUACUUACGGCCAAAAUUGCGCCCGAUAAUUUGGAUCUUCCAAGCUUGGUCAUGAAUUUGAAAGACUACAAAAAGACUAUAACUGUUUAUUCCAGCGAUCAAAAUAGCUCGGUUUUGAUGCGCGCAUAUGAAAGUAUUGUAACGAACUCGGCUUUUGAGGGAUCAACAACAAUAAAGGCAGAAAGCGAUGUCUCAGUAGAAAUUAUAAAUCAGGCUAUUGCUGAUCUUGGGACAUACAAUACAAAAAUGAUGGUCGCCGCAGAAUUUAGGGAAAAAAGUAUAACAAUGUUGUUCAACAACCAGGCCUACCAUACAGCACCACUCUCUCUGAACUUGAUAAAUAACGCAAUUUUUGCGGCAAACGAGAUUGUCCACACAAUUACUGUUGCAAACGACCCCUUGCCUCCUACCAUUGAGGACUCGCAGAAUGCAGUGGAAACAGGCGCGGCUAUUUGGAAAGGUUUCAACAUCGCUUUCAACGUUGCGUUCGGAUUCGCCUUUUUAGUAGCAAGUUUCGUUCUUUUCCCUGUCAAAGAACGAUCUACAAAAUCCAAGCAUCUGCAGUAUGUCAGUGGAUUGCAACCUUCGAUUUUCUGGUUGUCUGCUUUUGUUUGGGAUCUGCUAAAUUUCCUGGCCUCGUGCAUAAUAUUAAUCAUUCUGUUCGCAAUGUUCCAAGUUGAUGCUUACACCCAGGAACGAUUGUUUUACGUGUUCCUAAUCUUUUGCGAGUACAGCUUGGCUGCUCUACCUAUGAUGUACUGCUUGUCUUUUAUGUUCCAUGAUUCUACUUCAGCUUUUGUCAGAUGCACAACUGUCAACAUCAUUUUAGCUGUGGGGACCAUGCUUACAGUGGUCAUUCUACAAGCGCUCGGAAAGUUCGGUCCCUCGGAAAGCCUCGGAUGGACAUUUUUGGUCCUAAUUCCCCAGUACUCGUUACCAAUAGCGUUGGUUGACCUUUACACUAACUAUGAGGCGAAUCAACUUUGUAGUCAAAAAGGUUUGACUUACGCGGAUUGCAAAGAAGAUUUUGGGGAUCAGAUAUCAAAUAACUAUUUCUCGUGGGAACGACCGGGAGUCGCGAGGUAUUGCGUCUUUUAUUUAUUGCAGAGUGUCGCGUUUUGGAUUAUACUUAUUUGUAUUGAGUCUAAUCUAACGCAGGUAAUCAAAGGCAAAAUUGCGAAAUCAAAAGUGAUGAAUCGAAAUGAGUAUUCACGAUUGCAGGAUAACGAAGAACGAUUAAGAAUGGGAUCCCUUCAAAACGGGAACCCUAAAUCUUCACCUCAAGAUAAUGUCAAGGAUGUUGAUGUGACGAAACAAGAGAACUACGUGAAAGGAAAUCUCAUUGAAGCUAUCGAUUCAUCAACACUAACAGUUGAUGGUUUGUCUAAAACGUACUACUCCGGUGAUUGCUGUUCUGGCGAUGUCAGUAUUGUGAACGCUGUCAAAAAAAUGUAUUUGACAGUUUCGCCCGCUGAAUGUUUUGGACUGUUAGGUAUUAACGGUGCAGGAAAAACCACAACUUUCCAAAUGUUGACAGGAGAUAUUCCAAUGUCGGGAGGAACUGCGUACAUCAAAGGGCUGGACAUCUCGAAGAACAUCAAAAAAGCGCAGCAGAUGAUGGGAUAUUGUCCCCAAUUCGAUGCUCUCAUAGAUCAAAUGACUGGUCGCGAGACGUUGCGUAUGUUUGCAAGACUGCGUGGGUUAAAAGCAGAAUGUAUUGAACAGUGUAUUGACGAGCUAAUAACAUUGCUAGACUUGACUCCUCAUGCUAACAAGAUGACCCGCGCUUAUUCUGGAGGAAAUAAAAGGAAAUUGAGCACGGCCAUUGCGAUGAUUGGAUUGCCACCCCUAGUGUUUUUGGACGAACCCACGACAGGUAUGGAUCCUGGUGCAAGGCGUUCCCUAUGGAAAGUGAUUCUGCAUCUAGUCAGAUCCAACUCUCUCUCCAUCAUUCUCACCUCCCACUCGAUGGAGGAGUGCGAGUACCUCUGCUCCCGACUGGCCAUCAUGGUCAACGGGGAAUACCAGUGUCUCGGAUCCCCCCAACAUCUCAAGUCCAGAUUUGGACAGGGCUUCACCCUAGUGGCUAAACUAGAGUACGAUCCAACCGGGCAGUACAAACAACGGUAUCACGAGUUCAUCGCGAGCACUUUCCCCAAAAGUGUUUUGAAAGACGAACAUCAGACGAUGAUCCAGUACCAGGUGGUGCAACAAGCAGGAGCAGGCAAAGAAGAAGGUAGUAGACUUAGAUGGAGUGAGGUGUUCCAAACCAUGCAACAACACAGGGACUUGCUGCAUAUUCAGGACUACAGUGUCAGCCAGACUAGUCUGGAACAGGUGUUUCUCAACUUCGCCCGCAACCAGGCCCAGUAGAGAAAUAAAUCAAACAGCAGCAACAAAAAUAUCAACUAGAAGAAUAU